AUAAAAAUGGUUAUUGAAGUAAAAGAUUUGAUUAUUAAUACACGUGAAAGUGUGACAAAAUCAUCGGAAGUCAUACAUAUUGAGGACAAACAACAACCUACCCGUCCAUUAAUUGCCGGCCAGGAAGUAAAGUGUGGGCACAAUCACUAUAUUAUGGAUAAUUUAGAUGAUUUAGCCAACAGUACUGUUAAUGUUAUAUUUACCCUAAAGGAAAAGGUGGGCGCACUGGUAGAUGUAUUGCAAUUAUUUAAGGAUAAUGGUGUAAAUCUAUACCGCAUUGAAUCCCGUUCCUCCAAACGAUUCAAAGAUGACUAUGAAUUCCUGGUUGAAUGUUGUCCGGGACAGGGCCUGAAUCGGGCACUCGAAGAUAUUGAACCCCUAACCCAUUAUUUGCAACUGAUAUCCAGGGAUCAAUCCCAAACAGAUAUACCUACUGUUCCCUGGUUUCCCAAUCGUAUCAAAGAUUUGGAUCAAUUUGCCGAUCAUAUACUAUCCUAUGGAUCGGAACUGGAUGCCGAUCAUCCCGGUUUUACUGAUCAAAAAUAUAGGGCUCGGCGUAAAUAUUUUGCAGAUCUGGCCUUCAAUUAUAAACAUGGCCAACGGUUACCGCAUAUCGACUAUACCGCUGAGGAAACGGCUACCUGGGGUAAGGUAUUCAAAAAUCUGGUUAAACUCUAUCCAACCCAUGCCUGCCGUGAACACAAUCAUAUAUUUCCCUUAAUGAUUGAAAACUGUGGCUAUCGGGAGGAUAAUAUACCACAACUGGAGGAUGUAUCGAAUUUUUUGAAAGACUCAACCGGAUUCAUACUCAGGCCAGUGGCCGGACUGUUGAGUUCACGCGAUUUUCUGGCCGGCUUAGCCUUCCGGGUGUUUCACUCGACACAGUAUAUACGGCACCCGUCGAUGCCAUUGUAUACACCCGAACCUGAUGUUUGCCAUGAACUCCUCGGGCAUGCCCCUCUAUUUGCCGAUCCUAGUUUUGCCCGUUUUAGCCAGGAAAUCGGUCUGGCCUCUCUGGGCGCACCCGACGAAUACAUUGAAAAGUUGGCCACUUGUUACUGGUUUACCAUUGAGUUUGGUCUGUGUCGGCAGCAAAACCAGUUGAAAGCAUACGGUGCCGGCCUAUUGUCAAGCUAUGGUGAACUAGAGUACUCCCUGAGCGGCAAACCAGAUAUACGGCCAUUUGAUCCGUACGUUACCGGCUCGCAAAAGUAUCCCAUAACACAAUACCAGCCCAUCUACUAUCUGGCCGAUAGUUUCGAUGAUGCCCAACAAAAAUUAAGGGAGUUUGCCUCAUCAAUUCCCCGGCCAUUUACCGUACGUUACAACCCAUAUACACAAAGUGUUGAAAUACUUAAUUCAAAAGUCCAAUUGGAAACUAUGGCCCAAAAUAUACAAAGUGAAGUUCAACUACUGGUGGACGCCAUGAAAAAAAUUCAUUAAUUAUUAUUAUAUAUAUAUAUUGUAAUAAUAAUAAUAAUUGUUAUAUGAAUUGUUACAAUAUUUUUGUUGUUGUUGUAAA